CCACAGUUUAGAUAAUCUCAAGCCCUGUGGGAAUGCAGUGGUAGGUGGAUGGGAAAGACCAGAGCAGAGGCUUGGGAGGAGCCAGCACCCAAAGGCUAGGAGCCAAGCCAGGGCUGAGCUGCCACGCAGUCCUGCAGGUCAUGGAAGGUUGCGGGAGUGACACCAUCAGAUCGCCUUUCGGAGAAUAAUGCUCACAGCAGGGUGCCUGGGGGACUGGCCAGGAGAGGGGCUGAUGUGGAGUCUGCUGAGUGGACGCCGGAAGGAAUGAGGCUGUGUGGCCAGGUUCAGCUGCUGGGGAAAGCCUGAAGGGUAUGGUCAGCAGAGGUCACACAAGGCUUGAGUGGCUGCUGCCCCUUGGAGUUCCGGAGGAGUGGGCCAGUCACGAACUUCUCUUCAGCCCUCAGGGCCCAUUUUACGGCCCCAAAGCCCCAAGGUGCCGGUGCUAGGGCCACUUUAAGUGAGGGCAAAGGAAGUGGACACUUCUCUCUCCUUCCUGCUCACUCACCCUCCCUUCUUGAAAUCUCUCAUCUCUAUCCUCCGCCGCUGUCACACCCACAGGAGAGCCAUUCCAAGGGCCACUUCCAAGCCCUUUUCCUUGUCCUCAAACCCGUGGUUCUCAACCAUUCCCAGCUUCCCGUCAAGGCUGCCUCGACGGCCCCCAUUCACGGCCCCCAGCCCCCUCUCUGGGCUGGAAGGUGACAACCGCGAAAAGGAGGGCGACUCUCUCCUCCGCGGGGCUUCACGUGACAUCACAUCCUCCGAACGCGAAAUCGGCUCCGCGGCCGGCCGAAGGGCGCAACUUCCCCGGUCGGCGUCCCACUGGCUCCUGCGCUCCUCCGCAGCUUCGAGCCGCUAGCGGAGCGGCGCCGCGGGGAGCGCGCCAUGGCCUCGCCGGUGACCGCCCUGCUCCUGCCGCUGGCCCUGCUGCUCCAUGCCGCCACCGUCCUCGAGUCAUUCUCGUUCCGGAUGUCGCCGGUGCAGGUGCAGGCUCGCCUGGGCGAGAAGGUGAAGCUGCACUGCGAGGUGCUGCAGUCCAGCAUGACGUCGAGCUGCUCCUGGCUCUACCAGAAGCCCGGGGCCGCCUCCAGACCCAUCUUCCUAAUGUACCUCUCCAGCACGCGGUCCAAGCUGGCCGAGGGGCUGGACACCAAUUACAUCUCCGGCACCAAGGCCGAGGGCGCCAACUUCCACCUCACUCUGCACCGCUUCCACGAGGAUGACCAAGGCUACUAUUUUUGCUCGUUCAUGAGCAACUCGGUUAUGUACUUCAGCAAUUUCGUGCCUGUCUUCUUGCCAGCGAAGCCCACCACGACGCCGGCGACGCCACCAGCCACGCGGGCGCCCACCAAAGCGUUGCAGACUGUGUCUCCGCGCCCAGAGGUGUGCCGGCCCUCGGCGGGCAGCGCAGUAGACACAAGGGGCCUGGAUUUCUCCUGCGAUAUCUACAUCUGGGCUCCCCUGGCCGGGACCUGCGCCAUCCUUCUCCUGUUAUUGGUCAUCACGGUCAUCUGCCACCGUCGGAACCGAAGACGCGUCUGCAAAUGUCCCAGGCCUGUGGUCAGACAGGGAGGCAAGCCCAGCCCUUCAGAGAAAUGCACCUAACAUGGCGACGGGCCCCGCGUGACAGCCACUACAAGACUUCAAACUGAGAACGCUCCUGACAGGGAGAGCAGGAGUCCUUCCCUUUCGGUUUCUCCAGCCUUCCUUCCUUCCAUAUGUAUUCAUUCUCAUUAUUAUUGUUUUCCUGGGGGUGGGGUGGGAAGAGUUAACUUUUUCUUUACGUGUUUACUUUGAUUGACACAAAACGAGACUCUACCAUGUCUAGGGUACACCGCAAGGGUUAUAAUACCGUUGUGCUCCCAUAUUGAGGUAAAGGGGAGGUAGGCCAGAGCUACCGCAAGCUGUGUUCUCGGAACCAGGCUGUGAGGGCUGGCGGGGGCCUCGGCACCCACUCAGCCCCAACCUCUUCCCCAGCCAUUUUACAAAGGAGGAAGCUGAAGCCCAGAGAUGGGCAGCAGCUGUAUCAGAGUCCCAGCAGGGCUCAGGGCUCGACCUCCACACAGUUCAGGUCUCUCUUCUGGAGGCCUCUGUCUCAGAAUGGGGAGCUUUGUCUCAAGCCUCAAGAGAACAAGUGAUUUUUUGAGCACCUCUGAUAGACCCAUUACUGCGCCCAGAGCCCCGAGGAGGUAAUGAAAUAAGACAAGAGAACUUGACAGAGUUCUAUGAUGUAGCUGAACAGGAUCAGACCUUUUAAUAAUCAAGCGUGAGACAAUACAGAUGACAGGAAUUCCUCAAAUAAAGUGGAAGGGGUGAACUGAAUCCUGGAAAAUGAACAACUAGACCUCUGAAGAAAACCUCUGUGAAAUCCCAAAGUGGAGGCAGGUUGGUUCUCCCAGCCCUUGCAUUGCAGAAGGACCCAUGAAAGAGGAGAGGCUGCCCUUUGCAAACAAGAUUUGAGCAUCAGGAAAGCUGAAUGGAAGUCAGCUCUCUCUAAACUUGAGAUUUUGUAUUUGAACAUGCUCCUGGGAUCAUCGGUGAGUUUUUAUAGUUUGUAAAGGCAGAAUGGUGACAGCAGCUGGUACAGGCCCUGGCCUCCCCCGGACCAGCAGAUGUGGGAACGUAGCAGACAGACUCUGGUGAGGAAGCUAAGAGCCCAAACUGCAGCCCUACACACGCAUUUCCUCUCUUACCAUGUUGUAGAAGAAAUGCAUGCUCAUUGGAAGAAAAGACUUAAAUAGAUAAGGUAAUAAGAAUCACCCAUAAUUCUUUACCUCAGGAAUAAUCCAUUGUUAAUAUUAUGGUGUACAUUCUUCCUGAUUAUUUUCUAUGCAUAUAUAUAAAAUAUAUACUUUUUAAAAAUGGGAUUGCACUAUGCUUUUAUAAGUGGCUUUAAUAAACAAACAUUUAUGGCAAA